AUGAAGUUCGCUGUCGGCGACGACGUCGGCCAGCUAAAAAGUCCCCUUCUUCGAAACCCCUAAUCUAGUGCUAUUCCCAUCCCCGCUAACAAUUCGCAGUAAUAACCGCCUCCCGCGGCACCGAUACUUCUCUCAAGACCUCCGCCCGUGCACGCAUUUCUACGUACUUUACACCGGACGGAAGGGACCCGGUGUAUGCCGUUUGUAAGAUUGACAGAUACCAGGGCGAGGAGCGGGCUGGGCUGGUAUCACCUCCCCGCACGAAAGCCGGAUUGAGCGCGGGGCAGCUAAUUGCGGGUAGGUAGCGGUGGUCUUCACCUCCGGCAGGGUCGGGGUCGUCGAUACAAGCGUCUCUCCGAUCUCCGGCGAGGGGAAUUAUCUUCUCUAUACUCAUGCCUCUGAAACGACCCCUCCUACCGCUGCCGCAGCGAGUCCGGUGAUAUCCGCCGGUAUGCAGGAUGGAAUCCUUUACCUCUUCCGCGCAAAUGGCCAAGUUGUAUUCCACCGCUUCGAUGGGGAAUCGCCGUCCGUUAAGACUGUGCCCCUCACUGGGGAUAUAGCCGCUGGCGCGGUAUUCACGGAACACCUUGUGAACGGCUGGCCGAGUGCUAUCGCGAUCGGCGGCCGGAAGCGGGACUUGGAAAUUUUCGAACCUACGACGGGGGAAGGAGGCUGGAAGAGUGUUUGGAAAGCUAAAAAUGUGAAGCAGGAUAGACUGGGCUUGGAAGUCCCGGUUUAUAUCCGUAGGAUUUUGUUUUUGGGCACUGGAGGGGUGGAAGCGGCGGCGAAUACAACAGCGACCCAUCCUGGGGGACCUACAACCGUGCAGACAUCCGGUAGGAAGUACAGACUAGCAACUGGAACCCACCACUCGCAUCUACGAAUCUACGACACUGCCGUCUCCCGCCGCCCAGUCUUCACCGCAACCCUUACCAAAUCCCCCGUAUUAUCCCUCCACCUCCACCCCUCCACCCAAUCUCCCACCUCCACACCCCUAACCGCGCCCAACACCUCUCCCGAAUCAUCGACAACCUCAUCCCCCCACAACUGGAUUUACUCGGACUCGAAUGGGCACUUUGCGCUCUACAGCUCUAGCACCCGCCGCGAAGUGGGAAGCUACAAGGGCUCCACCGGCGCCGUCAAUGCCACUGCCACAUCUUCCGGAGAUGUCGUUGCGGGAGUAGGCUUUGAUCGGUAUCUUCGUGUUUAUGAAGGUGCCGGGAGAGAGAUUGUUGUUAAGGCUUAUUUCAGGAGCAAAGGUACGGCGGUGGCGGUGCUGGAUGUGGGGGAUGAUGUGAUUGAAGUGGAGAAGUCGCUGGAGGAGGGGGAGGAGGAGGAGGAGGAGGAGGUUUGGGGGGAGAUGGAGGAGGUGGUAGGUAGCGGGAGCGGAGAGGAGGAGGGGGAUUUUACUGAGGCUCUUGUGAGCGUUCGUAGGAGGAGGCCGAGGACCGAUAGGGAGGGGGGUGGGAGUAAGAAGCGGAGGGUGGAGGCUUAG